GUGUGGGGGUGUGGGGGUAAUGUAGGGAGAAGGCAAGAAAACUAAAAUGUUAAGUCAAGCUAUAUUCGGAGACUGCAGGAAGCUGAUCAGGCCCUAUAGCCAGACCAGGAGAAAAUCUGCACAAGAAGAAAAGAUUUCUGCUGGGAUUGCUAACAACCCAUUUCCCACACAUGAAGGGAAAACAGGAGAAAGACAGUCUUUAAGUGGCUCCCUACCCAGAAUAAAAUCAUUCCCUGAGGCUAAAACCAUGCAGAACCUUGGGAUCAGACAGUGGAAAUUGCCAUCUGGUCUUUCAGGCUACACACUCUCAUCCUUCUUCACUGUUGGUCCAAAUCAAAGGCAAACGGGUAAACAAAGUCUUCAAACUCUAACUUACAGGAACUAAAGAAUGAUCUAUAAACUGAACGCUCUGGGGCUCCCCUCAGUGCCUUCCUCUGUCUCUGCCGCUGUCGUCAUCUGACUGGAUUGUCUCUUCCCUCUGAGUCUCUCUGAGUCUCUCUUUGCCUCUGAGAGGAGACCACCCUUUGUCUAUGGAGUGUUACUGUCUUCAAUAAAACUUCCUUUUUGACUCUAACUUUGUCAUGUAUUUGAAUUCUUUGUUGCCAAGGACACUCUUCUCUUUCAACACAGUGCUCGAGUUCUCCCGUGGGUCUCAGUUCUUCCCUAGGGCCCCGGGUCUGCCCCGUCCCAGCGGCCCCUGGAACAUUUUUGUGGCUACAACAGCAGAGGCCAGUAGUGGCAAAGAGAUUUGUGAUCUGGAAACUGAAAUCACAGCUGCUUGGUGUUUCAUCACGCCCUCAGUCCCGGCCCCAUGACUCCUCCCAGACAUGCCCCCAUGACUCUUCCCAGUCCCGCCCCAUGACUUUAAAAGGGUGCUUCGCAGGCCACGCGCAGGAGAGCUGGGCAGAGCAAGGAGGCCAGUAGGUCUGGAAGAGGAGUUCUGAGUCAGCAUCGGGCAGCGCUACGACGAGGGCUAAUACCGUGCAUCGCUUCGCCUCGAUGCGCCUGCGUGUCCAUCGUCAAUCGGCACUUGUCAGGCGCUGAGACUUCAGCCUCAGCCACGCACCUUUCCCUCUAGCAGCGACCUCCAGUCAAAGAAUACUUUUCCACACAAGUCGCUUUUGCCAGAAGAGGGAGGAAGGUGGAAACACCCCGGACGCUUUCCCAGCUCUCCGCUCCGAUAAAACUCCCUGCCGCGGUCGUCGCCCUGCCGGCCGCUCGUGGCCAUGGCGCCAAAGUUGAAUCUUCUCCAGCUCCUGCUUCUGCUGUGGGUCUGUCCCUGGGCGCGCCCCGAUGCUCACUCUCUUCACUAUGAUUUCAGUAUCAGCUCUAACAGACAACCACGGUGUAAGGUUCAGGGUCAGCUGGAUGGAAAUGAUUUUCUUUCCUAUGACUGUGACAACAACGUUAUAUCUGUGAAUCACCUGCGAGAGAAGGUCAAUGCCACAGAUUUCUGGGAAGAACAGAUUGGUACGCUGAAGGACGUGGGGGACUUGCUCAAACAGGAACUGCCUGACAUUAAACCGGAGCAAAACACAGACAGCGUUCCUCUCACCCUGCAGGUCAGGAUGAUGUGUCAGCGGGAAGCCCGUGGACGCCCCAGCGGAUCCUGGGAGUUUGCAUUCAAUGGACAGAAGUUGCUUAUCUUUGACGCUGAGAACACGGAGUACACAGUGGUUCAUUCUGGAGGUGAACGGAUGAAGAACAAGUGGAAGCCCAACCAGGACGUGACCAAGGCCUUCAAAACGAUCUCCGAGGGAGACUGCAGCAAGUGGCUUAACGUCUUGAGACAAGAGGCAGCUGAGAGGACGGCAGAGACAAGAGACCCACCAACCACGGCCCCAGCCACAGCCCAUUCCAAGGCCACGACCGUCACAUCCACCAUUUGGACUCUCCUUGUGGUCCUCACCUGCUGCAUGAUUGGAAUCACCGGCUGAGUCCUUUGCAGUAACAGUGGAAGAUGCUGCUCAGAAGCUCCUGAGAGUGUGGUUUCGUUCAACUCUUGUCCUUCUGCUUGGCUGCCAUUCCAUUUCUUGUUGUCCAUCUGUUGACUGCCAGGCGGUGCUAUCCAUCAAAUGCAGAGAACUCUAGAAGAUCAUGAUACAGUAGAUGCAAUGUUAUGUCCUUUAUUCCAUUUGGUGAUAAGUCAACUCUGCACAUGUUUUUAACAUUUGUUUUCACUUUUUCUUGGUGCUAGUGGUUGUAAUUCCUGAAUUUAACCUUCUAACUACUUGAACAAGAAGUCUCAACAAAGAAUGUUUUCCAUCUUCUUCAGCCAUGGAAAAUGAGAUACAUCUUUGCAUCAGGACUUUGUUCUUGCAAAUGAUAUUGACAGUAAAACAUCGCGUGAGACCUCAGAACCUCAGGGAUUCUUUCCAUAUCCUGGUCAAAUCUCACUGUCUUUUAAAAGGACAAAAUGAUAUUUAUGAUUGUUACUUUUAAGAAUUUUUCAAUAUGUGAUUCUAUUUAAAUUUAUAUCUCUAUGGUAUAAAGAGUAAUUACGUAGGUAUUUUGUUCUGUAACCCACAGAAUUUUUGGCGAUCAUUAUUCCUCCCUAUAGUGGAGUGAACUAGAGAUUCUGCUAGAUUGCUAUGGAAACAGAAUUUAAGAAUCGCUCUUAAAUUAACCGGCAAGAUGUCCAUUUCAUUCUCAAACCUUGUCCUGAUAACUAUUAAAAAAAUCAUAUGGAUCUUAAAGAAUGAGGAUUUUCCUGAUUUUACCAAGCAUACUCUAUUUCAGCAGUGACUUUCUUGUACCCCUCCCCCGACUCACCUCCUUCAGUGAUAAGCAAGUCUUUACAGCAGAAGCGUAAACAUCUAUACUUAUCAAAGUUGUUUAGUCCCCUAUGAGAAAGGAUCAAUAUCCAGAAUUUAUAAAGAGCUCCUAUAAAUAAAUUAGAACCUGUCACGUUCUCCAAAGA